AUGAAUCUUCACUCAAUCCAGCUCAGUAGUGGUCUUGGCUCGGCUGCCGCCACACAGCCGAGCGAUGAUGGGAUGAUGAGCUCCAAGCUCUACCUUGCUGUGUUAGAGGGCAGAAAGGAGGAAGCCAUGGCGCUGCUUCCACAAAGUGGCGCCGUUGCUGCUCAUCGAGUCGCCGCUAUACAAAAGGUGAGCCCGGAGAGAAACAACGUUCUUCAUCUAGCAGCCGGCCAAGGGCACCACGAGCUGAUCCAAGAGCUCUACGCCAGCUUCGGGGACAAGAGCUUUCUCUCUGCCCAGAAUUCGGCUCUGGACACGCCGCUGCACUGCGCGGCGAGAGCGGGGCAUGAGAGAGCCGUGUCCCUCCUCGUCCAGCUGGCGUGGGGCACCGGUGAUCAUGAGAAGAUCUUGGGGUGCAAGAACGAGGCUGGGGACACAGCGUUGCAUCUGGCGGCGAGGCUCGGCCAUACCGCAGCGGUUGAGGUUAUAGUAUUUGUGGCGCCGGAGCUGGCAUCAGAGGUUAACAAUGCCGGCGUAUCACCGUUGUACUUGGCGGUGAUGAGCAGGUCGGUACCCGCUGUCAGAGCUAUAACCAGGUGCAGGGACGCGUCGUCUGCCGGCCCGAGUUCACAGAAUGCUCUGCACGCUGCCGUCUUCGAGGGUUCAGAAAUGGUUAGGCUGCUACUGAACUGGAAUCCAUCGCUGCCGAGCGAAGCAGAUGGCAGUGGCAGCACUCCGCUCCAUUUCGCUUCGUCCGACGGCGACCACUCCCUAGUAAAUGCAAUCCGGCGCGCUGCGCCGUGCGCGCUGCGCAUGCGGGACUCGAGUGGCCUCUCCGCUCUCCACGUCGCCGCAGGGAUGGGCCACGCACGCCUCGUCGAGGCGCUGAUGGAGGCGUGUCCCGACGCAGCUGAGCUCCGAGACAAACUUGGCAGAACCUUCCUGCACGCCGCAGCCAAGGGAGGCCACUCCAAUGUCAUGUCGAUUGCCUUCAAGAAACCAGCGCUGCGCGGCCUCCUGAACGCGCAGGACGUGGACGGCAAUACGCCGCUCCAUCUCGCGGUGGCCGCAUGCUCUUCCGACGUCGCGGUGACCCUGCUGUGCGAGUGCCACAGCAUAUUGCGAGCCGACGUCAUGAACAACGAGGGACGCACUCCGUUCGAUCUCGCUGUGAGAUCUACCAGUUUCUUUUCAAUGCUGAGUCUGGUGGUGACAUUGGCUGUAUUCGAGAAGCGAUCUCGCCCUCAGAGGCGGGACCAUGUGGAGAAAUGGAGCAAUCACCACCCAGGAAAAGUGAUGGAGAAGACGUCGGACAGCCUCUCUGUAGUCGCUAUCCUCAUCGCCACCGUCGCCUUUGCUGCCGCCAGCAAUGUGCCCGGGUCAUACGAGCAAGAGGACAACUUGGCAUCCGUAGCCAAGAGGAAGAUGGUCUUUAAAGGCAUGGCCGUUCUACAAGAUAAUUGCCUCUUCAUAUUCUUCGUGUUGCUUGACACCUUUGCCCUGAUGACAUCCGUGAUCGCGGUGGUCCUGCUCGUCUUUGGGAAGGGGUCACGCUCCGCCGGGUCGUGGACGAGCUUCGUGGUGGCGCUGCAGUGCCUAUGGGCGUCGCUGAUGAGCAUGCUACUGGCCUUCUAUGCGGCUCUAUCUGCCGUGACUUUCACGAGCAGAGUCAUCGAAGCCUCCAUGUACAUGAUCUUAUACUUGGGCUGCACGAUGCUAUUCUUCGGUAUAUACAGUAUAGUGCCUCAAAGUUCGCCGCGGAUACUUUGGAUUGUUAUGCAGCGCACUGUCCUAAAAGGAAGGAACAAUAGGCAUAUAAGGCAGCAGUAUCCUGUCGCAAGCGCGUACGCACUCAACCUGCUAAUUUUCAUAGCAACAGGUUUCCUUGCGAUCGUAGGUUUUGGCGUUGUCAUGUCGUUGAGCAGAUUCAUGAGGGACGAUGCGAUGCAUUCUGGGGCACCUGCACCGUCCCCUGUCUUCUUGUAA